UUGCGUUCUAAUUUUUGUUAUUUUUACUUGCUUUACAGUGCAGUUGGGGAUUUCCAAGUUGAUGACAAGACAAAGGCCCUAUUAAAAUACACGGGUGACGUGACCUGGAUACCUCCGGCUAUAUUUAAAAGCUCGUGUAAAAUAGAUGUAACCUACUUCCCAUUUGACUAUCAGAACUGCACCAUGAAGUUUGGUUCCUGGUCUUACGAUAAAGCCAAAAUUGACUUAGUUUUAAUUGGCUCUACAAUGAACCUGAAAGAUUACUGGGAGAGUGGAGAAUGGGCUAUUAUUAAAGCUCCUGGGUAUAAACAUGACAUCAAAUACAACUGCUGUGAAGAGAUAUAUCCAGACAUCACAUACUCUCUUUACAUUAGGCGUUUACCUUUAUUUUACACAAUCAAUAUGAUUAUCCCCUGUCUGCUGAUUUCUUUUCUGACUGUAUUAGUUUUCUAUUUGCCUUCAGACUGUGGCGAGAAGGUGACACUCUGCAUAUCAGUCCUUCUAUCUUUAACAGUGUUCCUUCUUGUUAUCACAGAAACCAUACCUUCUACUUCCCUGGUAAUUCCACUUAUUGGGGAAUACCUCCUUUUCACCAUGAUAUUUGUAACUCUAUCUAUUGUCAUUACAGUAUUUGUACUUAACGUGCACUACAGAACACCCAAGACACACACAAUGCCUGUGUGGGUGAGAACCAUUUUCCUGAACUUACUUCCCAGGAUCAUGUUUAUGACAAGGCCUGCCAGUGAUGAAGAGACUAAUCAGAAGCCAAAACCACUUUUCACUUCUGAGUUUUCAAACUUAAAUUGCUUCAAUGGUUCUGAAACCAAAUGCUGCAAAGAUGGCUUUGUAUGUCAAGAUAUGGCAUGUGGCUGUUGCCAAUAUCCACGAAUGAAGUUCUCGGAUUUCGGUGGCAAUCUCACAAAAAGUUCAAGCUCUGAGUCUGUAGAUCCUCUGUUUUCAUUUUCAGUUCUGUCACCAGAAAUGAGAGAUGCUAUUGAAAGUGUUAAAUACAUUGCAGAAAAUAUGAAAAUGCAGAAUGAAGCAAAAGAGAUUCAGGAUGACUGGAAAUACGUUGCCAUGGUAAUCGAUCGUAUUUUUCUAUGGGUUUUCAUCCUGGUAUGUAUUCUAGGAACAGCAGGAUUGUUCUUACAACCUUUGAUGGCUGGAGAUGAAAUGUAA